UCCUGGGUCCCACCUCGUAGACCAGCCAAAGGAUGCGAUCUGGCCCCCCCCCCCCCCCCCCGAUGGCCAGGAGAGAAAGGGAAGGAACACAGUAGUCAGGAGCCUAACACCCAAGGGCAAUGUUCUGGGGCAGCGACAGGAGUGAAGGCGGGGAGUUCCAGGUCCCGCCCCAGGGCAGACUUCCUGCUCAGCAGCCACCCCAAGUGAGCUGAAGCGGCGGCUGCCGGAGGGAACCCCAGGAGCCAUGGGGUGCACGCGUGAUGCCAUCCUGGAUGCACUGGAGAACCUGACCCCUGAUGAGUUCAAGAAGUUCAAGAUGAAGCUGCUUUCAGUGCCGCUGCGCGAAGGCUACGGACGCAUCCCACGGGGGACGCUGCUGCCCAUGGAUGCUGUGGACCUCACCGACAAGCUCGUCAGCUACUAUCUGGAGGCGUACGGCGCCGAGCUCACGGUGCUCGUGCUGUGCAACAUGGGCAUGCAGGAGGUGGCGGAGCAGCUGCAGGAGACCUUGCACAAGGGCCCCGGAACCACGCCAGCCGGGAUCAAGGCACCUCCCCAGACAGCAGCCAAGCCAGCACUGCACUUUGUGGACCAGCAUCGGGCGGCACUCAUUGCACGGGUCACAGACGUGGAUGGGGUGCUGGACGCCCUGUACGGGAAGGUCCUGACAGAGCAGCAGUACCAGGCAGUGCGGGCGGAGCGCACCAAUCCUACCAAGAUGAGGAUGCUCUUCAGCUUUGCUCCAGCCUGGAACCUGACCUGCAAGGAUCUGCUCCUCCAGGCCCUGAGGGACACCCAGCCCUACCUGGUGGUCGACCUGGAGCAGAGCUGAGGCAUCUUCCCCAGCAGCGGUCCCACAGACAACCCCUGGCAGUUCCAGCCAACUUACCUGGAGUCUGAU